AUGCCAAAGUGCAAAUCGCGAAAGAAGUCUCGUCAACGUAUUGACAUGGAAGAGUACAAUGAAAUGUGUCAAGAAUCUGACAAAUUCAUUACAACAGCGGAACGUCAGCUCAUUUCAACGAUGGCUAUGACUGCUGAGGAUAAAAUGGUUACAGCAUUCCAAUGGCAGAACAAGUGUCAACGGUAUAUAAACAUUUUUCGAAACUUUUUACGUAAGUCUGAUUUUUCUUCAUCUCAAAGAUCUAGGUGCUUAAAUUUAAGACAAAAAAUGGAAUACUUGCGCUGCCAUUUUGAGGCUCUAAUGAAACGUGGUGCGGGUGUUGAAGUAGUGAAUGAAGGAAUGAAAUGGGUGGAUUUUGAAGAAGCGUUUGAGGGUCGUUUACAAAAUAGUGCUGUAAUGAAUUUAGAUUACAAGGAUAUUAAUGAAUUCCUUGAUGAUGCCUUUAGUUUAUUUAAAGUUAACAUUGAAAAAGCUUUAAACAGGUUUGGUCCGCUAAAAGUUUACACUGUAUUGUUCGCGAAAUUUGUUAAAGAUUCCAUUGAUGGUAAAACCCAAGAAAUAUCAGAUUUAAAGACAUUCAUCGCGAAAACCGGUGACAUUUUAGUUACAACCCCAUUAGAAGAGUGGUACAAUGUUUAUGUUAAACAAGUAACCUUAAAAAGAAUGGAGGAAUUCCAAGAAAAAGAUUCUAAUUGGAGACUUCAUUCUAUUGAAAGGUUGGAGGUUAACAUUAACAAGUACAAUCCCAUGCGCGCAAGUUCUUAUAUCAAUUUGCCAACUUCUAUCAAUCGAAAGCAUGCCUGCAUUAAUGUCCAAAAUGCUGAUAACCAAUGUUUUAAAUGGGCAAUAUUGUCAGCACUGUACCCAACAGACAAAAACGCGGAACGAGUUUCAAAAUAUAGACCCUAUGAAGAUACACUCAAUUUUAGUGGUAUCGAAUUUCCUGUUUCUCUCAAAGACAUUUCUAAAUUUGAAACCCUAAACAACAUUUCCGUCAACUUGUAUGGUCUUGUUAAAAGAGAUGAGAAAUUUACAGUUUCACCACUUCAUCUUUCGUCUCAAAAGAAGAUGAAUCACGUCAAUCUUCUUCGAAUUGAAGAUCACUACAUAGAUGAAAAUCUAAGUGAAGACGAUGAUGUUGAAACUGAUAUACCUCUCAUAUCGUUUAACUACCAUUAUGUCUGGAUAAAGGACUUGUCGAGGCUUGUCAGUUCAGACUUAUCAAAGAAGAAGAACAAAAAAUUCAUUUGCGAUCGUUGCUUACAUUAUUUUGCAGAUGAAUGUAAGCUUACCGAACAUGAAGAGCAUUGUCGAAAAAUGAACGACACAAAGAUUAAAUUACCCCAAAAAGGUCAAAAUACAGUCGAGUUUAAAAAUUUUCAAAAUAAGGAACGUGUUCCCUUUAUCAUUUAUGCCGAUUGUGAAAGUCUGUUAAUUCCCUCGGCAGCACCCCAAGAACCAAAAAAUACUGAGGUGUUUCAAAGCCAUGAAACUCUCAGUAUUGGUUAUUUCUUAAAAUGUAGUUUCGAUGACUCUUUGUCUGUGUACAAAGCAUCACCUAGAGAUGAGGAAAAUCCAGCUAAAUGGUUUUCUUUAGAAUUAAAGAACUUGGCUGAUAAUCUAGAUUUCAUAUUCAAGAACCCAGUUCCCAUGGAAACAUUAAGUCCACAGCAGUUGGCAGCUUUUCGAAAUGAUAUGACUUGUCAUAUUUGUAAAAAGAAAAUUGCGUAUGGGGAUGUGAAAGUACGAGAUCAUUGCCAUCUAACAGGGAAGUACCGCGGACCCGCUCAUCAAGAUUGCAAUAUUAAUUACCAUGAAUCGCAGAUCAUACCUGUUGUCUUUCAUAACCUAAGUGGCUAUGAUGCACAUUUCAUUAUUGAAGCUAUUGCUACAGAAUUUGAUGGUACUGUUAAUCUACUUCCUAUUAACAAAGAAAAGUACAUUAGUUUUACUAAAAAUUUUAUGGCAUCAUCUCUGGAUAAGUUAGCAUCCUAUCUCGAAGAAUACAAAAUUGUAAAUUCCGUUUUUUCAAACUACAGCGACGAUAAAAUUCAAUUGUUGACGCGAAAAGGAGUUUUUCCUUAUGAAUACAUUGAUUCAAGGGAAAAACUCGACGAAACAGAGUUACCGCCAAAAGAUGAAUUCUACAGCACAUUAAACGAUUCAAAUGUUUCCGAUGAAGACUAUGCACAUGCGCAGAAAGUGUGGAGUGAAUUUAAUUGUCAAAAUCUUGGUGAUUAUGUAUACUUGUACAUGCAAACCGACAUACUGUUACUCGCGGACAUUUUCGAAAAUUUCAGAAACCAGUGUUUAAUCUCGUACGGUCUAGAUCCAGCACACUAUUAUACUACACCGGAUUUGACUUGGGACGCAAUGUUAAAGUAUACGGAAGUAAGACUUGAACUCUUGACAGACAUUGACAUGAUAAUGUUUAUUGAACGAGGAAUAAGAGGUGGUGUAAGUCAAUGUACAAAUCGAUAUGCAAAAGCUAACAAUCAUUACAUGGAACAAUUUGAUGAAAAUGAGGACACGUCUUACAUCGUAUACUUUGACGCAAAUAAUCUAUACGGUUGGGCAAUGGUUCAACCGCUUCCCUAUGGUGGCUUCAAGAGGGUAGAGAAUGUUGAUAAUAGUUUUGAUUUAAAUGUUGCAGACGAUGCGCCUACGGGUUACAUUUUGGAAGUUGAUUUGGAUUAUCCAGAUCACCUUCAUGAUAAACACAGCGAUUUUCCAUUUUGUCCGGAACUCUCGAAGCCACCAGGGUAA